AGCCGUGCCGGGAUGUCGCCGCGGGCCGCGCUGCUGGCGCUGGUCGCGCUGUUCUGCGCAGCUCCGCAGCCCGGUCCCCGCGGGGCAGCGGCGGUGGCGGCGUGGACCGCCUGGCUGAACGUGUCGUGGGAGGACGGCGCGGACCGCAACCGGAGCGGCUGGGAGGCGAGCGAGAGCGGCCUGUACGGGCAGGACUCGCCGCUGCAGGCGGCCGCGGGGGUGCUGGUGCUGCCCGAUGGCCGUGACUCCUUCAACGCCUGCAGCGCCCGCACCAACUUCAGCGGCGCCCCCCCGCCCGGCGGCAGCGGCUCCCCCCCGGGCUGGCUCGCCCUCAUCCAGCGCGGCGGCGGCUGCUCCUUCGCCGACAAGAUCCGUCUGGCUGCGGAUCGCGGAGCCGCUGCCGCCGUCAUCUACAACUACCGCGGCACCGGCAACGAGGUGCUGCCCAUGUCCCACCACGGUGCUGAAAGCAUCGUUGCAAUCAUGAUUGGCAACAUGAAAGGCAUGGAGAUCCUACACCGGAUUGAGAGUGGCAUGAAAGUGACUAUGGUUAUUGAAGUGGGGAAAAAGCAUGGUCCUUGGAUGAAUCAGUACUCCAUCUUCUUCACCUCGGUGUCGUUUUUCAUCGUCACAGCAGCAACCAUGGGCUACUUUAUUUUUUACUCUGCUCGGAGACUCAGGAUUGCCAGGGCCCAGUCCAGGAACCAGCGACAACUAAAGGCCAAAGCCAAGGCGGCCAUUGAACAGUUACAGCUGCGCACCCUGAAGCAAGGGGACAAGGAAACCGGUCCUGAUGGAGAUAGCUGUGUGGUGUGCAUUGAGCUGUACAAGCCGAAUGAAGUAGUGCGUAUUCUGACUUGCAACCAUCUCUUCCACAAGAAUUGCAUUGACCCCUGGCUUCUGGAACACAGGACAUGCCCGAUGUGCAAGUGUGACAUACUCAAAGUUUUGGGUGUUGAGGAGGCUGUAGAAGAUGUCGAGUCUGUCCAAGUCACAGUAUCCAGUGAGUCAUCAAAUGUGUCUACAGCUAAUGAAGAGGAUAAUCGUAGUGAAACAGCGUCAUCUGGAUAUGCUUCUGUACAAGGAGCAGAUGGAUCUGUUCUGGAGGAACAUGCACCACCAGAAAAUGACAACAUGCAUCUUGUGAACAAUGAAUCCCAGCCCCCUGCUGUGCACGCUCUUCCACAUGCUGACAACCCAAGCUUUGAGGCAGAUGAAACACAAGUUCAUGAAGUCAGGUCCUAAGAACAUGCCCAGUGACCUGGUGUAAGCCUUCUGCAAGGAGCUGCCUAUUGCCGUUGCAUGUAUACUAAACAUUGCAAGACUGUAGCAGGAAAAAUAUUGCCUUGGCAAUGCUGAGAUAAAAUGGACUUGUUCAAAUCAUAAUUGUAUGGUUUACCAUUCUUAAAACUGUGUCUCCCAUGUGGAAUUUAGUUUUAGCACUCUUCAAAUAAAGACGUCUUGAAUAUAAAGAAAAACAUCAGAUUUUAACACUAAACCAAAAGUUCUAUCUUCAGCAAAGCUUCUCUUCAGUGUUUGAGUAAUUUAAAUACAGAAAAACAUUCUUUGUCAUAGCUGUCUCUCCUGGGAGUUGUUUUGACUUGUUUGUUUGGUUUUUUUGUUGUUAAUUGUUUUAAUUCAAGUGGAUUUUCAUUGUAAACAAAUUAAUUUUGAUCUGGUCUAAUACUUACUUACCAGACAUGGUUCAGUUAAAGCAACACUGUAUUUAAUAUUUCAGUGCACUAAUUUGAUGGGAGAAAGUACAAACUAAUGCCUGUCAAAUGGGAUUUUUCCCACAGUGUCUUUGGUUCUCUAGUAAACCGAUUGAUUCUCUACCUCUAAACUCCAAACUGCCAACCACACAUUCCUAAAGGGAAAAAAGAGAGCUGCAAGCUGACAGGCCAAAUCUGACUUGCACAAUACUGUAAAUGGAACAAUUGCAUCAGUUUUUCAAACCUGUUAAUAUUAGCCUGAAAGCUCCUCCCUGGCUUUUGGAGUUAUAGCUAUCUCUAGCACCAGCAAUAUGCCGGAGUCCUGGCUUUGUCAGUCUGGGGUAACUUCAGAAAGAGUGAACUAAAGAUGAAAAGAUAGAUUCUUCCCAAAGGAUCUGCUGUGUUUUGUUCAGAAAGUGAUCCAGCCUCUGAAAAAUGCUGGACUGUUGCUCUGCAUUGUCUUGCCUGCAUGCUAAAGCUGCAGGGAGAGCUGACGUCCUGUAAACAUACUAGAGAAGUGGUCUGUCAUCUGUGGGGCGUUGAACUGGGAACAAGGAGGAACAUUGGGUGCCUCAAUAAUAAGUGCAGGGCCUUGCUCAGUGAAGAUAACUAAGGACAUCUUGCAGAUGCACUUUAUUUUUUUUAUCUCUGUAUCUAUGGCUUAUUUCUAAUGUUAGCAGAACUUUGUCUUAAAGCCUGCAAUGAAGUACUAUUGAAUCUGGAAGGAAAAAGCAAUGCAUUUUCUUAGCUGUAGUACAAUUAAAAUUGUUGUAAAUAUUUCAUGAUUUGUAUUGAAUUUGAAUAUGAAAAUGUAAAUAAAACUAUAUUUUGAUGACCCUAACUGA